CCGGAUUUAUGUGGGAAAAUGCACAACAGUUUCGGGCUAUGAAUCUGUUUCUGGAGCACCGGUAUUACGGCGAGUCUAUACCGUUUGGCAAGUUUGAUACAAACCUAACCAAACUUGGUUACCUAUCAGUUGAUCAGGCCCUGGCUGAUUUCGCAGACUUUAUAACACAUAUCAAGGAGACAUAUCCCGGCGCCGCUAAAAGUCCAGUCGUUGUGUUUGGGGGAAGUUAUGGCGGAAUGCUUGCCGCGGCAUUCAGACUCAAAUACCCGAGUCUGAGUGUAGGGGCACUGGCAGCCAGUGCUCCCAUAUAUGGAGUUCAGGGUAUUUAUAAAGACUGCGACGGAUUCGCUUCCGUUGAAACCAAAGACUUCACACAAUAUUCUGCAAACUGUUCGCAAACUAUACAAAAUUCUUGGCCGGUGUUUGACCGAAUAGCCAGCACAGUUGACGGUCGCAAUUGGCUCACUACAACAUUUAAUCUGUGCAAACUGCUAAAAGUCCAGUCGUUUUAUGGGGGAAUGCUUGCCGCGGCAUUCAGACUCAAAUACCCGAGUCUGAGUGUAGGUGCACUGGCAGCCAGUGCUCCCAUAUAUGGAGUGCAGGGUAUAUAUAAAGACUGCGACGGAUUCGCUUCCGUUGAAACCAAAGACUUCACACAAUAUUCUGCAAACUGUUCGCAAACUAUACAAAAUUCUUGGCCGGCGUUUGACCGAAUAGCCGGCACAGUUGACGGUCGCAAUUGGCUCACUACAACAUUUAAUCUGUGCAAACCAUUAGAAAAGGGUCAGGGUGCUCUCAUAGCUAACUGGAUAAACAACGCGUUUGGCAACACAGCAAUGGUUGACUACCCAAAUGCGGCCACAUUUUUGGCUGACUUACCCGCGUAUCCCAUGCGCGAGAUGUGUAAACAUCUGACAAAUCCCGGCGCUGAUGACAAGGGAUUGGUACAGCAAAUGCAAGCGGCGGCUAAUGUUUAUUAUAACUACACUGGUCAUAUGAAAUGCUCAGAUUUAAAACCUUCCACAGGGUUUGUGGAUGACUUACCCUGGGGGUUUCAGUCGUGCACCGAAAUAGUACUUCCCUUCUGUACAAAUGGAAAGACAGAUAUGUUUGAGCCCUCGCCCUUUGACUUCAAGGCAAUGUCGGACCAGUGCUAUAAGGACUGGGGUGUA